GGGCAGAGCGGCAGCGCCUGGCGAUCCAGCUUCGAGAAGGCUCUCGGUGGCCCGCGGUCCGAAGGCGUCCUGCAAGCGCCCUCCCCACAGCCAAGAUGCCCAAGAGGCAGGUCAGCUCGGCCAAAGGGGUGGUGAAGGAGGAGCCGAAGAGGAGAUCGUCCAGAUUGUCAGGGAAACCCUCGCCUGCAAAAGUGGAGACGAAGCCAAAAGAGGCACCAGGAAAGGAUAAAUCUUCGGACAAAAAAGUGCAAGCAAAAGGGAAAAGAGGGGCAAAGGGAAACCAGGCGGAAGGAGCCGAGCAAGAAGCUAGAGAAGAUUCACCUGCUGAAAAUGGAGGCAUGAAGCACGAGGAGAGCCCAGCCUCCGAUGAAGCCGGAGAAAAAGAAGCCAAGUCCGAUGAAUGUUUAUCAUGUCUUAUUAGUGGGUCCCGUUAUCUCCCUUCUUGUACAAUCUAG